CGCCGCGCCACGUUUGUCAAUGUACGAUCGCUUAAAACAAGUAAACACGGACAGUCUCAUCGUUUUAAAAUGUCCUUCAAGAUAGAUAUUCACAAUCAUAUAUUGCCAGAGAGGUGGCCUGAUCUGAAAGAGCGCUAUGGAUAUGGUGGGUGGAUUCAGCUUCACCAUCAGUGUGAUGGUAGAGCCAAGAUGAUGAGAGAUGGAAAGCUGUUUAGAGUGAUUGAACCAAACUGUUUCAGUGCAGAGGCUAGAAUAAGAGACAUGGAUGCUACAGGUGUGACGGUACAGGCUCUGUCAACAGUUCCUGUCAUGUUCAGCUAUUGGGCCAAGCCAGAGGACACUCUAGAUCUCUGCAGGAUACUCAAUGACGACCUGGCUAACACAAUCAAGAAGCACCCUAAGAGGUUUGUAGGUCUAGGUACCCUACCCAUGCAGGCACCAGACCUGGCUGUGCAGGAGCUCAAGAGAUGUAAAGAGGAGCUUGGGUUUCCAGGUAUCCAGAUUGGUUCUCAUAUCAACCAGUGGAAUCUAGAUGCUCCUGAACUACAACCAGUAUUUGCAGCUGCUGAGGAGGUGGGUAUAUCUCUCUUUGUUCACCCCUGGGACAUGGAGCUAGGGGGUCGCAUGGCUAAGUACUGGUUACCCUGGCUGGUAGGGAUGCCAGGAGAGACCGCUACCGCCGUCUGCUCUAUGAUCUUUGGUGGGGUGCUGGAGAGGUUUCCCAAACUCAAAGUCUGCUUCGCUCAUGGGGGUGGUGCCUUUCCCUUCACCAUCGGUCGUAUCGAGCACGGCUUCAACGUCAGGCCCGAUCUCUGUGCUGCAGAGAACAAUGUCAAUCCAAGGAAAUACAUCGGGCAGAUCUACACUGACUCUCUUGUGCAUGAUGAAAAGGCACUCAAGUACUUGGUGGAAACGAUGGGAGAGAACCGUGUUUUACUGGGCAGUGACUACCCCUUCCCACUCGGUGAACACCAUCCUGGUAAACUCAUCGACUCAGUAGACAGCUUCAGUGAGGAAUUGAAGGAUUCUCUUAUGGCAGGCAAUGCCCUGGAAUUCCUUGGUCUGAACCGGUCCCAGUACGAGCCAGACCCUUCACUCUCACCUUCACAAUCCAAGUGCGGCCUUCAAAAACACAAAGUCAAAAGCUCUUCCAAUGAUGAUACAGGGGUAGAAAAUGGCACAAAAAGGAUCAAACUAGCUGACGAGAAGGAGGUCCACUAAAGUCCACAAGUUUAUUUGUAAAUUCAAUGUAUAAGUAUUAGCUACACCCCUCACAAAUGCCUUCCUGAUUCAAGUGAGGAUCACAGGAAGUCGAAGCUCUUCUGCGAGGCGGAGAUGGAGUAAAGAGAUUGGCACAAACAGGAUGGAACCAGCCUAAGAAGAGGUUCACUAAAGUGCAGUCCCAAUGGUUUAGUUUCAUGUUUGUAUGAGUUAGAACCCGAACAAAUGCCUUCCCAAUCCAGGUGUAGACUAUAGAAAGACGUUUACAGAGGACCUGCGUAGAAAUGCACUAAAGUGUCGUCCCACUGGUUUAUUUCUGUUUGUCUCGGACUGUCGAUCUCAAGGUCCGCGGUUUGAGACCCACCGCGGCACUAAUGUCCUUUGGCAAGACUUUGAUCUACAUUUGCCACACUCAACCCAGUUGAUGUAAAU